AUAAAUUUGCUCUUCAAAUAAAGUAUACAGAGAGAGUAAAAGCGAUAAGAGUGCGUCAAAUAUUCUCAUCAUUUUAUUGUGCAGAUCACAAAAAGACCAAAAAAAAAAGAAGCGCAUGAAGAAUAUUUUUCCAGUUCAACUACCAUCAGUGAUCAUCAAACAUUCGUACCAGUUAGUUGAUUGUUUCUUAGUCUCCUCGUGAGUGAAAUAUUGGGCUCUGUAAUACACUAGGAGGAGGACAAAGUUAGCUGAAGAAACUGUGAUUAUUGAGAAUUGGAGAAUGUUCAAGUUAUACACGAUCUUGAUCAUUUUGGUGGUGUUAAUUACUCAACGAGUUGAAUCACAAAAUACAACAACAACAACAAUAACGAAUGCGACUACUCCUACAACCACCAUAAUUGUGUUCAAUAUCUAUCGACCUCUAGUGCUCUCGUGUAAUUUAACACUACCGGAGAAUGGAACUCAAGAAGUUAAAUGGUACAAAAAUGGCACAGCUGUGGAAGAUUUGGAGGAUAUUCAAGGCCGAUAUCGUGUAAUUCCCGAGGAACAGGUCUUUUUCAUCGAACAAAGCCAUCUUGAGGAUCAUGGAGAGUACACUUGCCAAUACAACACCACUACAUGGUUUUUAGAGAAAGAAUUUACUGCAGUGGCCAAUGUUGCUGCCAGACUCACAAAGAACACCCAAAUGAUUGAAGGAGAAAAUCUCUGGUUACAUUGUCGUGUAACCGGAACAAAUCCCAUUAUCAGUUGGAUCCUUCCCGAUGGCAAAAAUACCACAAUCACCAAUUCAACAGAUCGUGUGCAACUCUUUGAGAUGGAUGGAGUACCAAAUUCUGCCCUUGAAAUUCUCGAUAUUCGUCUGGACGAACGAGGAACUUACACAUGUGUCGUAAAUAAUUUGGCCACCGAAUUACAGGGCUAUCCCCCAGCAAUUGCCUAUGGAUUGGUGAGAGUUCGAUCACACUUGGCCCCACUAUGGCCAGUAUGUGGCAUGGCAGUGGAAUUUUUCAUUCUCUUCGUCGUUCUCUAUCUCUAUGAGAAAUAUCGCGAUCCCGAAGAUGUUGACGAUGACAGUGUAUGUGACUAUAUGCCAGCCAAAAGUAAGAGUCGCAAGGAUUAAAUGUAUCCCUUAGGACUCUCCCUCUUUUAGACUAUCCACUGCAUGUAAAUUAAUUGACGAAAAAUAAAUUAAAAUGAUCCUA